GGAAGGAGGGAACAGCUGAUCGGAGGGAUCGUGGCGACGGCGGUUUCUGCUGCGAGACCAUGUCGUGUUACCCAGUGCGGGGGUUGCCUCUGCUGCCGGGGAACUCUGUCCGUGACCCCACGGAGCGCCAGGUGCAGAAACAAAUAUCACUGAUGAUUGUACGCUCUAGUAUCAAUUGUUUGCAGUGGAAAUUCCACCGGUCACAGACUUUCACCUACCGCAACGGGAUUGCUCUGCCGCUUGUGCCCAAAGUGGGAAUCGGCGGGUUGCCCAUACCUGUGAAUAAGGUGUCCCAGUCAGAUGAGGAUGAACUGGCAAACAGGAAGCCCACCCUGACCUACGGACAGAGUCGGGCAGCCCCUCCAUCCGACUUCAUCCCCGCGCAUGUGGCCUUCGACAAGCAGGUGCUGAGCUUCGAUGGCUAUUUCAAGGAGACGGUGCGGGAGUCAGCAGACGAGCAUUUCCGGGUGCGGCGCAUCGUUUUGUACUACUACCUGGAGGAUGACAGCAUCGCCAUCUAUGAGCCGCGGGUGGAUAACUCGGGGCUGCCCCAGGGCAAACUCAUCAGCCGGCAGCGGCUGCCCAAAGAUGACCAGGGCCACACUUGGCAUUGGAAGGACCUCAAUGUGGCCAUGGACUUGGUGGCCUACGGUCGGCGUUAUCGUCUCACUGGAUGCGACAAGUUCACCUGUGAUUUCAUGGUCAGCCAUGGCAUCGUCCCCAAUUGUCCAGAGAUGAUGCCAACGGACUCCUACACAGAGAAUCGUAAACCUCCAGCUCGGCAGUUCGUCACCCCAUCCGACUUUGACAAGCUAAAGCAAUUCCUGACCUACGAUCGCAAGGUGCUGCGUUAUUUUGCUUACUGGGAUGACCAAGAGAACACACCUGGGGAAUGCCACCAUUAUGUCAUCCAUUACUUCCUUGCUGAUGGGACCGUGGAGAUUCGGGAGGUUUAUGAGAAGAAUGAUGGCCGAGAACCCUUUCCCAUGCUGGUGGGAAGGAAGCGAUUGCCCAAGACACUGCAACAGUCCCACGGCAGCUUCCCCUCCAUUUCGAUGGAAUUGGCAGAGGAGGAGGUGAAGGAGUGGUUCGGUCCCAGGGAUUUUGUGGUCGGUCAGCCUGUCACUAUCCUUGGGCGCCAAUUCUUCAUCUACGACUGUGACGAGUUCACCAGGGAAUAUUAUCAGCAGAACGUGCGUGGAGUUGACCUUCACCCUGUCGAUGUGACCAAGCAACCACCUACCUCCGAAGACAAGUGGAUUCCUCCCUACAAUGGGUUUGGUUCGCUGGAGGAUUCGGUGCAGAACUGCCUAUCACUGAUCCCCAAGGUGCCUAAGAGAGAUCUCAUCAAACUGCUGGAGAAGGACAAGAUUGUCCUCCGCUACGAAGCCAAAAUGGAGUCGAGGUACCCAGAGGACAAUGCCCGAAGGUUCAUCCUCAGCUUCCAUGUGGCCACAGACACCAUCAGCAUCUUCGAACCACCACUCCGCAACUCUGGCAGAACCAGUGGAAAGAUCCUGUCGAAGAUCAGGAUUCCCAAACCAGGGAGCAAUGUGGAAAAGCCUGAAUUCUACACAGCCAGAGACCUGGCCAUCUGUUCAGUUGUGGAAGUCAUUGGCUACCGCUUUAUCAUCACGGAUGCCGAUGAGUUUGUCUACAAGUACUUGGAAGAACAUGCUGCUGAGUUUCCAAGCGAGACGCUCGAGUCAUUCCGCCAGAAGGCACAGGAGAGGGUUGGCCGUGCAGCAAUGGAGCAAAAAGCUGGCUCUGCAAUGACCAAUGACUCAGAGUCAACGCCAGCCAUUCCAGUUGUUGAUGAAUGCUCACCAGUACCUCUGGAAUGCAAGCAGCUACCCGAGACCGCAACACUGGGAAAUGGGUUCCAGAAAGAUGUCUGUGAUCCUCCGCAGAGAGAUAUCCAUGUGCCCAGCUACCAGGGAGAAAUUGGUGCACCCUUUGACACAGGAAACAUUGGUGUUCCUCAGCCAAUUAAUGUCAGUGCAAGCAAGUAUCAGGACAAGAUUCAAAGACCACUGUGUAGCCCUCAGCAGGGAGAUCCCAAUCUUUCCCAGAACCAGAACAGAACCCACACACCUCUGAACCAGACCAUCACCUGCUCACCAAAACUCCAGGGCUGCACCCCAACCCCUCAGUAUCAGGAGAUCUGUGCCCUACAGAAGGGAGAUAUCUAUACUACAGAAAACCAUAACGUUAGCCGCCAUCCCCAAGUCCAGGGCUGUAGCCCAACCCCUCAGCAUCAGCAUGGCGACUGCAGCCCAUACACCAGCCCAGGAGGGACCUGCUGACAACCAAACUAACAGUUGUUGAAGAGUGUUGUGAGAUGAGAAAAUAUUGCAGUGUAUUAUGGAAUAAAGUGACGUAAUGAA